AGUGGCGCUUGCGGCGCGGGGAGGGGAUGGCGGAGCCGGCCGAGUACCCCCCGUUCCAGCUGGGGAAGCCGCGCUUCGAGCAGACUUCAUUUUAUGGCAGAUUCAGGCACUUCUUGGACAUCAUCGAUCCGCGCACUCUCUUUGUGACCGAGAGUCGUCUGAAGGAAGCAGUGCAGUUGUUGGAGGAUUACAAACAUGGGACUUUGCCCCCUGGAGUCACCAACAAGGAGCUGUGGGGAGCUCAAAAAAUCAAGCAGGCCAUCAUCCAUCCCGACACAAAUGAGACCAUCUUCAUGCCUUUCCGAAUGUCAGGUUACAUUCCCUUUGGAACACCCAUCGUUGUUGGUCUUCUCUUGCCCAACCAGACGCUGGCAUCCACUGUGUUUUGGCAGUGGUUGAAUCAGAGCCACAAUGCCUGCGUCAACUAUGCAAACCGCAACGCGACAAAGCCUUCUCCGACGUCCAAGUUCAUCCAGGGCUACUUGGGAGCUGUCAUAAGCGCUGUCUCGAUAGCAGUGGGCCUUAAUGUUCUGGUUCAGAGAGCAAACAAGUUUACCCCUGCCACUCGUCUCUUGAUCCAGAGGUUUGUGCCAUUCCCUGCUGUCGCUAGUGCCAAUAUCUGCAAUGUUGUCCUGAUGAGGCACACGGAGCUGGAGGAAGGAAUUGAUGUUUUGGACAAUAACGGAAACAUUGUCGGGUCUUCCAGGAUUGCUGCAAAACACGCACUGCUAGAAACAGCCCUGACCAGAGUGGUUCUGCCAAUGCCUAUACUGGUUCUACCUCCAAUUAUAAUGUCCAUACUGGAAAAGUAA